AUGAGCGUGGCGCUGACGGACCCAUCGUCGCUUGACACAGUCGACUAUGACCCCAUAGGCCACCUCAACCUGCUCUUCGCGCACCCUGCCUCGGUAUCGUCUGUCAACCGCGUCUCGCAGACGCUCCAGUCUCAGCAGAAUGAUCUGGCGGCGGAGAUCAGUGCGCUAGAGUCAGCGCAGGCCUACAAGCCCGACUCGAGCCUGGAGCGCAUGCAGUCGGCUCAGACGGAGCUUUCGCAGCUCUUUCGCAAGAUCGAAACCGUGCGAUCCCGCGCCAUCGAGACGGAAGAAAACAUCACAUCCAUGACGGCCGACAUCAAACGACUCGAUGGAACAAAGAAGAACCUUACGCUGAGCAUGACAGCGCUGAAGCGUUUGCAGAUGCUAACAACUGCGUACGAGCAGCUCCGCGGGCUUGCCAAGACACGACAGUACCGCGACUGCGCAGGCCUGCUGCAAGCAGUGUUGCAGCUUAUGAAGCACUUCAACAGCUAUCGCAGCAUUGAGCAGAUUGCCACGCUGAGCCGCGAGGUUUCGGAGCUCCAGCGCGAGCUCUUGGAGCAGGUGUGCGAGGACUUUGAGAUGGCUUUUGCCAAGGCCGAGGUCUCUUCCAAACGCGGGAUGCUUGUCGAGGCUUGCCUGGUCAUGGAUGCACUUGGAGAUUCGGCAAAGUCGCGACUCGUGACGUGGUAUGUCAACACCGAGUUGCGCGAGUACCGCCAGGUCUUUCGAGGCAACGACGAGGCCGGCAGCCUGGACAACAUCGGCCGCCGGUAUGCUUGGUUCAAACGCAUGAUGAAGACACAUGAAGACGAGCAUGCCGUCAUCUUUCCGGCGCAUUGGCAGGUCAACGAGGUUUUGGCAACGGCAUUCUGCGACGGCACGCGGGACGAUUUCAAGGGCAUCCUGGAGCGCAGCAUGCGGCGUACCGACGGGGCAAAGGUCGAUGUGAAUCUGUUGCUGUCAUGUCUGCAAGAAACGCUCGACUUUGAGCAGAGCCUCGAAAAACGCUUCUCAAAUGAACCGCGGGCGAGCAUCGAUACCCUGAGCUCUACAGAAGGAAAGACAUAUGCUUUCAGCGGUCUUAUAUCAGUCGCAUUUGAGCCAUACCUCAGUCUAUGGGUAGACUCACAAGACAAGCAGCUGGCCUCAAUGAUACCGAAAUACAGAAGCCAGCCAUUGAUAUCAGCAGACGACGAGUUUUCGCCACAAGCGGUGAUACAGUCUGCUAUUGAGCUGUUUCACUUCUACAAACUCACCCUGUCGCAAUGCGCGAAGCUGUCUACUGCCGAGCGGCUGCUUGAUCUGUCGAGAAUAUUGGCAAAGUACCUCGACGAAUACGCGCAGCAAGUCCUGCUACAUAAACUACAGGCCUCUGGCCAGGCUCUUCCGCCAAUUCAGGACUGUAUCUUGGUGCUCAACACAGCUGACUUUUGGCAUGUCAACACAAAUCAGCUGGAAGAAAAUAUAAAAAAGCGCAUAGACCCUGAACUAGUAGGCAAAGUUGAUUUAUCCUCGCAGUCGGACGCCUUCCUCGGUGUUGCCAGCGCAUCAGUAUUGGCCUUGGUGCAGCUUGUGGAACAAGAUUGUGAAGGUGUCUGGCGAGAGAUGAAGAAUACCAACUGGAGCACUAUGGAGACUGCCGGUGACCAGAGCUCCUAUGUUGGGGAGCUAGUUAGGCAUGUCAACAACAAGACGGAAGAAAUCCUGGCUGUUGUCGGCAAGCAGCAGUAUGCCAGGGCUUUCUGUGACAAUCUUGUCGAACACUUGGCAACCAACUAUAUCAACAACAUUGUGCAAUGCCGGCCGAUUUCAGAAACCGGUGCUCAACAGAUGCUUGUGGACAAGUACGCGCUCACAAAGUCUUUUGGCCCGCUGAUAUUGUAUCACAAUCCGUCACCAACACCUCAACCGCCUCCCGCUGGUUUUGUUAGAAGAGUAGAGCAGUCCAUGGGCCGCAUAGAUCCACUGCUCAAGACGCUGCAGAUCCGACCGUCGCCCCCCGAGGGUCUCGUGCAAGCCUACCUCAUUCAUAUUGGCGACAAGUCGGACACCAACUUUAGAAAGAUCCUGGAGCUCAAGGGCGUACGCAAGUCAGACCAUGCGCACCUGAUUGAGCUCUUUGGCAUCCACCGCGAAGGUGGCGGAAACGACAAGCUCGUACAAAGCUCGCCGCUUCUGACACCUCUCAUGGCCACAACGUCGACCUUAUCCAGCACCACGGCGGUUGGAGGCACCAUGAGUGCGGCUGCAGCACUGACCGGAGCUGCGACGGGCGGGCGGGGCUUUGACGCCGGGGCGCUGGGCGAGAAGCUACUGAGCGCGGCCCGGGAUAUCAGCACGGCGAGCACGGCGAUGCCGAGCGGCUCGGAGAAGGCCACGAUAAACGAGAACCUACGAAACUUUGGCAAGUUCUUCAGGCGAGAUAUUGGUGGGCUCGGCGCCCGGUUCGGAAAACGGGACGGGAGCAUGGGUGCCGAGGGAGAACAACGAUGA